GGUUUCUAUGUUAGUGUAGGGAGCAGCUGUAGAGCACGUCUGUUAAAAUAUUUAAAACAAAAAUGUUGCAAUUUCAAAUAAAACAGGUUUUGUUUUUUUAGGUUGGAAAUGUAGCUUUAUUGUUGUGAGACGGCGUGGGCGCGCCUUUAACGAUAUUGCGCGCGGCCCAUAGUCGCAAGCUCCCACAGACUCACAGCGGCUCCUCACACAGCAUCACUUCAGCAGCACAGGGUUCAACUCACAGGUUCUUCUCUCCGCUGUUGUUUAAAAAACAGAAGUAGGCCUAUUUGUUUUUUUGUAGUAAAAUCAAGAGCUCCGAGUGGAUCACCGGGAGAAGAACUCAAACACACCGGAGAGAUUAACUGGAUUUGUAGCCUACUUGGAGCGAGGAUGUGUGGUAUGGACGACGUGGACUUGGACGAAGGCGGUUCAGGCGAGGAGGAGAAAGAGGAGGAGUUCUGGAUCGGGGAGGGAGUGAAGAUGCUGCCCCCUCCCGUGGCCCACAGCGGAGGCAGUGCAUGGGGCAGCCGCAGGGGCAGGUGUGGCUGUGUGGCCUGCGGGGCAGCUCUCAUCCUCUGGGACCUGUGUGUUAUUUUAGCCAGCAUUCUGCUCCUGGCUCUGGUCUUCUCUGUGGUGCUGCUGCCUGCAAUGCUGCUGCUGUACGUCGGUUUUCUCUGCCACUCCAGGGUCCUCGAUGCCCCCUCUGCCAUCUGCCGUUACCUUGAUGACAACAGCUGCUCCGCCCUUAUCAUCCUGGGUUUCGUGAUGAUGUCACCGCUCGUGGUAGUGGCGGCCGCCGUCUUCUGCGGGCUGCUCCGACGGUUUCGACUCCUGCUUCUAAUUCAGCCGAUCACACGUGCCUGGUACCGAGGGCGGCUGUUGGACUGGGUGGGCAGUGUACACAACUGGGUCUGAUUGAGACGAAGCAGGAGGCGCUGAUGGUUGGAUAUACUAACAGUCAGGGGGAUCAGAAAAUUAAUUAGUGUAAAAUCAACCAGAGAGAUACAGGGGGUAGACAAAAUAACAGUAACAGUUAGUUAGUUAGAUCUCUUUUAUAUUGGUGGUUUAUGGAAAAAAAGGCUUUUGGGCCGCAGGGGAUUUCUUAGUUGCAAUACCAAGAAUUGACCACCAGGACAAAAUGGUCGCAAGGCUAAGUGGCAGCGGCGCAGGCAGCUUUCUAAGGUUGCUUUCACACCUGAGUAGUUUGGCCCGUUUUAACUGAACUCGUUUGGUUUGUUUGGGGCGGUGUGACAGCUAAUUCGAACUUUGGUUUGGACCAAACAACUGAACUCUGGGCCGCUUGAAAACAAGGGUCUCGGUUCGCUUCCAAGUGCUCUGGAGAUCGGUUCACUUUAGGUGAGAACAAUACAGGAAGUGAACCAAAAACAGAGCAUUUACUGGCCUGCAAAUUCAACUUUGCUCACAAUUUACAGACUUAUAUAAGGGAUGAUAACUUUCAAAUCCGUAACAUAUUAUGACCACACAUCGCUGGUCAUCUGUGUGACAACACAUCAUCUCUCUCUCUCAUCAGGGCCGCCCUCUCCUUCACUCAGUGUCUGUCAGUUGCUCAAUUUAUGUGUUGCUCCAUUAUUUCUGAGACCAGAAGUGUCGCAGGUUUCACUCAGAUAUUCUAUCCAUAAAAAAGCGUCCGUGUGUGACAUUUGUUUACAAAGUUUGGUACGCUUGAAAAAAUGCAGUCUGAACGCAAACCCAACCAAAUGAAAAAUGCAACAAUGUUGCAACCUCAGCCCCAAAUCGCACAGAGUCUACCGAACUGGGUGUGAAAGCGGCAAAAUUUGGUCCUUGAGACACCUACCGUAGCAAGAACUACCACAGAGGCGGAUUUGAGUACUUUGCCAUGUGUUUAUAUGUCUGUCUGUCUGUCUGCAGACAGAUUUAUUCACUGUGAUGGCAUCACAACCGUGUAAGAUGCAGUCCCGAAACUUUGCUUAGUUGAGAUCAAAAUGAAGGCUGAGUUCAAAGAUAGGUGUGGUCCGAGCCAGGGCACCAACAGGGGGGUAGAAAGUAUAGUACACUAGCCCACCCUGCCCUCGAACUCUCAGAAAGAAAGCAAAUAAGUGUAUUUUCUAAAAUGUCUAGGUGUCUCCAUUAUUUUGUCUACCCCUUCUACAUUUACAGUGAUUUGUUGAGAACAAGAAAAUAUGAUUGUGCUUAAGUUCAUUGAAGCAAUGUCCACCUCAAUCUUUUUUUGUCUUUGUUUUAGAAACUGAAUACUUUUCAGUGAUUCGAACCUCACACACAAAGAUCACGGAAACAUAUUCUGCACUCAUUUGAUCCACAGUGGAAGGAAGACAGUGCAUCUUGGCACAGUUCAGAAAAACAGAUACUCAAAUAAUUU